AUGAUUCCAUUGAACCUUAACAACUCAAUUAACCAAGCGAAAGAAGAAUCUGAUCUUGAUAUUGGAGAUCUUAAGCUGAUAUCGACUGGGUCUCCCACUAUGACUAUCAAGAGACCGAAUCUAAAACUCACCCUGAAGCACUUAGGAAAGUCGAAAACUAAUACGAAAUUUGGGUUUAAGAAAAUUACUUCCAAAUACGAAGUUGUCAAAAAUAUUGGCACUGGUACUUACUCUUCAGUAAAACUUGCUACAGAGAAGGAUACAGGCCGGAAGGUGGCCAUUAAGGUAUCCAGAAGGACCAAUUCCAGGGAAAUGGCAAAGAAAGAGUACGAAAUUCUCAAAUCCCUUGACCAGAAAACCAUAAUCCAACCUAUUGAAUUUAUUGAAAAUGAUAUCAAAGAUGAGUCCUACCUAAUAUUGGAGUAUUUUGCAGGAAUGACGCUUGAUAAGUACAUUGAAGAGUAUGGGCAUCUGAAUGAAGAUGAGACAGCUAAUAUUGCUCAGACAUUAUCCAAUUGCUUAUCAUACCUCCAUUCCAAAGGUAUAGCUCAUAGAGACAUUAAGCCUCAAAACAUUUUAAUCAACGAUGACAAAGAAAUCAAGUUAAUAGAUUUUAAUAUUUCCAAGGAAGGGAAAUCCAAGUGAACUGAUGAGGAGAAGCUGACAAAAUUCUCUAAGAUCUUCUACACCCAGAUCUCCUCCCCUCUCUAUGCUGCACCAGAAAUCAAAGGAGACAAGCUAUAUACUGAGAGCGUUGACAUCUGGGGUCUCGGAAUCAUUCUUUUCACGUGAUUAUUUGGAAAAAUGAGUGACUCUAAAGAACUGAUCUGCUUCAAAGACAAUACCAACAAUAUAGAAGAUCUGAUUCUGUCGAGUACUUUAGAAAAUGCUUGGCUCCAGCAGAUGCUCCUGGAUUGUCUUAAUGAUGAUCAAGACUUAAGGCCAAGCUCAGAGGAACUCCUUGAGUAUUUCUAAUAACUUAUUAUGAAUAAAUACUUUAAUAGAGCUUAAUUAUGAAAUAUUGU